CCGGAAGUGGCGUGACGCAAACCACAAAAUGGAGUAUUCACGAGAAAGAAGCAGAUGAGUUUCUAAAAAUGCUAAUUUCCGUGUGACUGUCUUAUUUGAAGUAAUAGACGUAGAACGAAAUAUGUAGAUAUGACAAUGACAGAACCCACUAGCCAUUCCUCCGACACUAAAACUGAAAAUGGUCAGCUGAAAGGAUUUGUCAGUGCUGAGAAAGAUGUCCCGACGUCGUCCCCAGGACAGGAAGUAAACAAAGUAGCUUACCAAAGUGGGGGAGGAUCCCAGCCUUGCGAGGAUGGGGGCCCCCUCAUGCGAAAUGACGAUUCGGACUCGUCAUCUGAAGAGAAAGCGUUCCAGGAAGCGGCAGCCAAGUUUGAAAAACGCGGAGUUAAGUUUCAUGAAGGAAUUGUCGCAGGAUACAAGGACGCACCUGACCCUUGGAAGGAUGCCCGGGGGUGGACAUGGCACGAAGUGAUGAUGGCAUACAGACUGAGCUGUGAGAAACACAACACUAAGCCCCUCAACAGGAUCAUACAACAAGUACAGGGUCUUGUUGACAAUGGAAAGAGACAAGAAUUAUUCAGUUUAAAAGGUGAAAAGUUGGACCACAAGCACUGUGAGAGUAUUGAGGAAAUCUUGCGGCGUAUACAGUUCAGUGUUAUUGAUCUCGAGGGCUGCCACCUGGAGGACGAGAGUGCUGUAGCUCUAUUUGACAUGAUUGAAUUCUACGACUCAACGUGUCAGUUGAACAUAUCCUUCAACAAGAACAUAGGACUAAGAGGAUGGCAGGCUUGCUCCAAGCUUAUACGCAGGACCCCUCAUCUCAUUCAUCUAGACAUGAGGAACUGUGACCUGAAUGAACGCUCCAUCCCUAUCAUUGGCAGAGCUCUGAAGCUGGGCAGUACACUCACUGUGCUACACUUAGAGAACAUCUCUCUGUCUGGCCGAGCCCUCAUCAUACUUGUUGCGGCACUGAAGAUGAAUGAGACGUUGAUGGAGCUGUUUCUGGCCGACAACAAGCUGAUGCCGAGUGACGGAGUCCAGCUGGGCAACCUUCUCAAGUACAAUCACAAACUAGAGCUGCUCGAUCUCCGCAACAACCACCUGCAGGAUGUAGGGACCAGCCAUCUGUGUGAUGGUCUGUAUGAACAGAACCUGGACACUGGGCUGAAGACGCUAGUGCUGUGGAACAACCAGAUCACUUACCAGGCUAUGGCAUCUGUUGCUAAGACAUUGAAAUCAGCAGAGUGUUUGGAAACACUGAACUUGGGGCACAACAACAUCACCAAUGAAGGCAUGCACAUUGUCAAGGAUGGGUUGCUGAAGAGCAAAGCUCUGCUGAGACUAGGCCUGCAGGGAACCAAGGUCUCUUGUGAAGGAGCUGUAGCUUUGGCUGAGUUUGUGGCAGACAGCCCUCGACUUGUUCGUCUGGACCUGCGUGAAAAUGACAUUAAGACGGCUGGAUUGAUGGCCCUGUCUCUGGCCAUGAGAGUGAAUGACACGGUUAUCAGACUAGACUUGGAUAGAGACACAAAGAAAGAAUCUGGGAUGAAAGACUACGCAGAGCAACAGCGCCGCCUACACCAGGAGAUUUUGGUGUACUGCGAGCGUAAUCAGCAACAAACAGUGGAGAGGGAAGAGCGUCAGAAACAGGAGAAGGUAGAAAAUGCUCGGCAGGAAGCUGCACGUCAGGAGGUAGUGAAUGUAGUGAGAGCAGCACAAGAGGCUCUUCAGUCAAACAUGGAUUACAUUCCCUCAGCAGAAAAAAUCCAGAGACCAAAACUUCUCUUCUCUAACAUUCUGGCCCCUCAGCGGUCUCUGGAAUCGCCAGGUGACUUCCAUGAAGACAACAUUCCAGUCACCUCCCCACCUGCGUCGUCCCAGAACCUUUCUCUGUGUCUCCCUCCCACGACUACGCAACAACAGCUACUGUCCACCCCACCAGCAGACAUGCUGCUAAGUCCUCAGUACAUACCCAAACUUACAGCCAAGAAGAUUUUCUCUGUGAACAGAGUGACAGAGAGCCUGCCUUCUCCAACCCUGGUUGCUGGUCAACCGAGUGAAGCCAGUUCCUCUCUCAACCUCCUCACUGCUAGUCAGGUUCCCGGGGCAGGGCUCCCCGCUGCCAUCAGUCCCACCACACUCUGUCAGGAUCUCGCCACAGAAACUGUCAAGGAAUAUAUAGAACAGAUAGUAUCCGAGGCUGCGGUGAACGGUGCGAGACCUGUGCCAGAAGACAAGAAAAGCAUAGACUCCGAACAGACUGAUAAGAUUUCCUCAGAUGGACAAAAGGAAGAGAGUAAGGCUGUAGAUAAGGACAGUGUUUGUGAACAAAAUGUUGGAGGUAGUGGUGACAGUGCUACAGAGGACAUGCAAACAAAUGAAGCUGCCUCAGCAGAAGGCGGGGCUGUAUGUAAACUGGAACCAAGUCAGUGUGAUAAAUUAAAGGAGGAAAUUAAGCCAGAAAAUGUGAACGAAGGGCGUAGUGUUCCGACACAAGUGAACAGUCAGAACGCUAAAGAAAAUUGUGUGAAACCUGAUCCUUCCAACCCAUCUGAAACUGAGCAGUGGCAAACAGUGGACACAACUGACUUGCAACAGUCUGGACAGUCUACUACAACCACGGGGGAGACGGAGAAGCCAGAUUUCCACACCAACCUCUCCUUAAAUGGACUUGCUCGGGAGCUGGCCAGUGCCUUGGACACUGUUGACGAACAGACAGAUAAGGAAUCUGCCACCAAUGAGUUUAGUACGACUGAUGACUUUGAAAAAGAAUUAGACGCCAUGUUGGCAAGUGUUGGUCUAAAUUUACCCUCACAAUUCCAAUUAACAAGUGAGGAGGUUGCCACACCGACGGACAACAAUUCAAGUUGAUGGAAUGUACCUCGUACCUCCAUCCCCCACAGCCAACACAACCAAGUCACCUGCAAUACUUGGAACUUGUCGGAAGCUUUGCCCACUUAACUGCUUGGUUGGCCAUGCCUCCAUCCUCCAGUCCAUGUGCACAAGCUGUCUUGCUCAAUACUGCAGCAUCCAAGCUACAGAUACAAUACAUGAUACGCUACAUGAUACGCUACACAAAUAUCUUGUCCAUUGUUUGUUGCUUUCGCUUUGGAUGUAAUUUGAUACUUUUAGUUAAUAUGAUAAACUGCAUGUCUUCAAAUCUUUGGUAUUGUAGUGACAACUUGCGACUGUUUCAAACUACAAGCGAAGACGGUAACAUCAACAUUGUAUUCCAGAAUAGAAAGUUUAUGUAUCCAAAGUUGGUAUAUUUUAGAUAUGAAUGAUUAUCAUCUUGAUUCGAAGAAAAGUUUGACAAUUAUUUUGUCACUUGAAGUUUGACAAUAUUGUACAUGAUCUGUUAUAUAUGUUGGGUAUUUUCAUAGACUCAAAUGUGACUUUUUGAUACUGAUCCUAAAA